AUGUCUGCCUCCAUGAUCCCGGAGCUGACCGCGAACCUCAAGGAACUGGCGAGAGGCCAGCCUGACGCCUACCGACGGCUAUAUCAUCAUCUGAUGGAAGCCUUGGACGACUCUGUGCAACAUCCCGAGUUGAGAGACCCUAGCUUCUCCAAAGCAGGAGGCCAAGCCCAGGAUGUCAUAGAAGACAUCCUCAGAGAGGAAGAGGAAAACGUCAUGUCAAUCCUCCAUUUUCAUCUUGAGUGGAAAACAGCAGUCCGUGACAUGGUGUGCUUGGUGGCCCUCGAGCGCCGAGCCAGAACCUCCUCUGCGGUGGAUGCCGCAGAUGACGCCUUACAGAGCGAGUCGCCGAUUAAGGACUUCGACGUGCCAGACUACGCGUCUCUCGGUCGCCAAGAUCGGCAAUAUAUCGACGACUUUGUGCGCCAUAUCCGAGAGACGCGCAAGGUCAAGAAGAAGAGGCAGGAUCUUUUCCCCCAUGAGAGGUCUUUCCUGGCAAUGCAAAGCCAGGAGAAGGCGGCUCUCCAGAGCAUUCAAUCGCGGCGCGCUCCCGCAGCGACACGCAACUGUUGA